AUGGCGGUGAAUCGCAUUCGCGGCGCUUUUGCCGUGCCUCGCAAGGGCGAGACCUUUGAGUUGCGGGCAGGACUAGUGUCGCAGUACGCAUACGAGCGUAAAGAGGCUAUUCAGAAAACCAUCAUGGCUAUGACAUUGGGUAAGGACGUCUCUGCCUUGUUCCCCGACGUGCUCAAGAAUAUUGCCACUGGCGAUCUGGACCAGAAGAAGCUUGUCUAUUUAUAUCUCAUGAACUAUGCCAAGUCUCAUCCAGAUUUGUGCAUCCUCGCUGUGAACACCUUUGUACAGGAUUCGGAAGAUCCGAAUCCGUUGAUCAGGGCGUUGGCCAUCCGCACAAUGGGCUGCAUACGAGUAGACAAAAUGGUGGAUUACAUGGAAGAACCGCUGCGGAAAACGCUACGAGACGAGUCGCCAUAUGUACGCAAAACUGCCGCCAUCUGCGUGGCAAAGCUCUUUGACCUAAACCCGUCCAUGUGCAUUGAGAAUGGCUUUCUCGAGACUUUGCAAGAGCUGAUUGGCGAUCCCAACCCCAUGGUUGUGGCCAAUUCCGUGCAAGCUCUGUCGGAGAUCAGCGAGACCGCUCCUGAGACGAGAGCGUUGGUUGUCACUCCGGCGACCUUGAAGAAGCUUCUCAUGGCUCUGAACGAAUGCACUGAAUGGGGAAGAAUCACGGUUCUGACGACCCUUGCGGAUUAUCCUGCGUCAGAUACUAAAGAGUCGGAGCAUAUCUGCGAACGAGUUGUGCCCCAGUUUCAGCAUGUCAAUCCAGCCGUCGUUCUUGCAGCCAUCAAGGUCGUCUUCAUUCAUAUGAAGGCCGUCAACCCUGAGAUGGUCCGAUCUCUGCUCAAGAAGAUGGCUCCGCCUCUCGUCACUCUGGUCGCCUCGGCACCCGAAGUCCAAUACGUCGCCUUGCGAAACAUCGACCUCUUACUCCAGGCCAAGCCGGAUAUCCUCAGCAAAGAGUUGCGAGUCUUCUUCUGCAAAUACAACGAUCCGCCCUACGUGAAGCUUCAAAAGCUCGAAAUCAUGGUACGGAUAGCGAACGAAUCCAACUACGAACAACUCCUGGCCGAGUUGAAAGAAUAUGCCUUGGAAGUGGACAUGGACUUUGUUCGUCGGGCUGUCAAGGCCAUUGGGCAGGUUGCCAUCAAAAUCGAAAACGCCAGCCCCAAAUGCGUGCAGGCUCUGGAGGACCUGAUAUCUACCAAGGUCAAUUACGUGGUGCAAGAAGUCAUUGUAGUUGUCAAGGAUAUUCUGCGCAAGUAUCCCGGCUACGAGGGGGUGAUACCCACGUUGUGCGAACACAUUGACGAGCUCGACGAGCCGAAUGCGCGCGGGUCCCUUAUUUGGAUCGUUGGAGAGUAUGCGGAGAAGAUUAACAACGCCGAUCAGAUUCUGGAAAGCUUUGUUGAAGGUUUCAUGGAAGAGUUUACCCAGACACAGCUGCAAAUAUUGACCGCCGUGGUAAAACUAUUCCUAAAGAAACCUGGAAACACCCAAAAAUUGGUUCAAAAGGUGCUGCAGGCUGCCACCGCCGAGAAUGACAAUCCAGACAUUCGCGAUAGAGCUUAUGUAUAUUGGCGCCUUCUAUCUGGCGACUUGGACAUUGCCAAGAGCAUCGUUCUCUCCAAGAAACCCACCAUCUCCACCACCAUGACAAGCCUGCCUCCGUCACUGCUGGAGCAGCUGCUCUCUGAGCUAUCUUCACUGGCUUCGGUGUACCACAAGCCUCCAGAGUCGUUCGUCGGCAAGGGCCGAUUCGGAGCCGACGAGAUUCAAAGGGCAGCCAUCCAAGAGCAAAGGCAGAACGCAGCAGAUAAUCCCAUUGCUGCAUCUGUGGCGGCUACUGCCAAUGGAAGCGGCAGCAGUGCUACCCAGAACAACGUCGAAAACCUUCUUGAUAUCGACUUUGACGGCGCGGCACCGGCAUCUCAUGAGCAACAGAGCGCGACGGCCACGCCAGAGCGGAUGGCCAGCCCGGCUGGAGGAGCCUCAUCUGGCAGCAUGGCAGACAUGAUGAGCAUGUUCGAUGCCCCUGCCGCCUCCGGUGGGUCAAGUAGUGGUGCAGGUGCGGCAUUACCAGGCUCUGGAAGCGGCAUGAACGACUUGAUGAGCGGCUUUGACGGAUUGAACUUUGGCGAUGCUGGCUCGGCCCAACCGCUCCCUCCGGCCAUGCAAAUGCAAAGCAUGCAAGCUAGUGGGAGGGGGCAAACUCAGCAAAAGGACAGCGAUGAUUUAUUGGGCUUAUUGUAG